ACACACUUAACAUUCGUUCGCAACAUGGCGUUGGAGCGCCGAGAGACACGACGGCCGAGCAGCGCAGCCGCAUUGUGAGGAGAGCCACGGCACUACUGACCAAAAGAGACCGAAACACUCUUAAAGACUGUUUUACGCACCGGAGGAGACAAUAGCGCAUUCCGGUGUGUGCAUGUCGUUCUAACGGUAUAGCUGAUUGUAUAGACGCACGCUGCUACCCCACUGGUGGAAAUCAAAGACUGUACAUGGCGGUGGAGAGUACAAUCUGGCUGUUGUGUCUUCUUUCGCUGUUCUGUGGUCCAUCCAAGCAAGAAAAGCCUGUUUCGGUGGAGCUGAGCUGUGGAGCUGGGCCCAGCCAUGUAGUACUGGAGCCGGGUUUGCCCCUAUUGCUGGACUGCAAUCUUGGGGCCAGCGAGACACCUUUUAAUGUCACCUGGCUUCAGGAUGGCCAGAUCCUGCCUCUGGAGGGGGAAUACCUGCAGUAUCUGGGCAAUGGAUCGCUUCUCUUGCUGCCGUCUGCCCACGAUGGCCACCCUGCCCAAGACGUGGAGGGGGGCUAUAGCUGCGUGAGUGCCAGCACCCACGGAGCCCUCACCAGCCGGACUGUGAAUGUACUUAUGGCAAGUCUGUCUAAAUUCCACCAAGAACCAUCAGCCCAAACGGCGCCUGCUGGGGGAGCUGCCCGCUUCGAGUGCCAGAUUGAGGGAAUACCUACACCUGUGAUUACCUGGGAAAAGGAUAAACUAGCUGUCCCUGAAGAGACAAGGUUCAUUUCCCUUCCUAACGGGGUGCUCCAGAUCCUUGAGGUGAGCAAGGAGGAUGAGGGUGCCUACCGCUGUGUCGUGUCUAACUCUGCCAGGAAGGACGUCAGUCAUGAAGCCAGACUUACUGUCACCACAGGCUCUACUGAAGCCCUGAACAGAGUUGUAAUUGUUGCACCACCUCAGAAUGCCACUGUGGUGCUCGGCCGCCCUGCAGUGAUGGAGUGUAUGGCACAAGGCCAACCUAAACCACUGGUGUCCUGGAGUAGACAAGAUGGAAAAUCCAUUUCCACCGAUGUGGUUGUCCUUGCAACAAACCUGGUGAUUAGGGACACAAGGCGUCACCACGCCGGCGUCUAUGUCUGUCGCGCCAAUAAACCCAAGACCAGAGAGUUUGUCAUUGCUGCUGCUGAGCUGCAUGUGCCUGCCCCUCCGGUGAUUCUCCAGCCUCCUGAGACGGUGUCCCUCUCCCGGGGAAACACAGCCAGGUUUGUGUGCAACAGCUCUGGGGAGCCUCCUCCUGUGUUGCAUUGGCUGAAGAAUGGUCAACUCAUCAAGCCAUUCAGGCGAAUUAAGACCCAAAGCCCUGGAGUCCUGCUCAUUAACCAGCUGGCACUGGAGGAUGCAGGCUAUUACCAAUGUAUAGCGGACAACGGACUGGGCACGGCCUGCGCCACCGCUAUGCUGACAGUCAUUGUGAGGGAAGGUCUCCCGAGCCCUCCUCGUCACCUGUCUGCUACGCCGUACUCCAGCACAACUGCCCUGCUCACCUGGGAGAAACCCGAGUUCAACUCAGACCAAAUCAUCGGCUACUCUGUCCACUGCCAGCGGGUUGCAGGAUCAGAUAAUGUGGAGUACCAGUUCGCAAUGAACAAUGACACCACCGAAUAUCACGUCAGAGACCUUCUACCCCAUACUGCCUACACAUUUUUUGCGGUGGCUUAUUCUCCCAUGGGGGCCAGUCGUCCAUCCCAGCCUGUCACUGUGGAGAUGCUGGAGGAUGUACCAAGUGCACCUCCUCAGCUCUCUAUAGCUAGCACCUCCCCGACAGACAUCAGGCUAAUGUGGCAUCCGCUCUCAUCACAAUACAGUCGAGGAGCUGUUACCCGCUAUCGCAUUGAGUACAGCUCUCUGGAUGAUGUGGACACUGUUUUCUCUGUGGAAGUGGGUGGUAAUGAGACUCAGUUUACACUGAGAGAGCUGCAACCUAACCAGGCCUACCGCCUGAGGAUUGCAGCUGGAACAGGCAUUGGCUUUGGAGUCCCGUCAGAGUGGGCCCAACACCAAACAUUAGCUCACUACAACCACAGUGACCAUAGCAUGGUCAUUUUUGCCCCUACCGAGCUAAAAGUCAGAGCCAGAGUGAACACACUCAAUGUGACAUGGCAUCCCUCACCCAAUCACACACUGGUGUCUGGCUACAAGUUGUCCUGUCGAGAGGCUGACGCUGAGGAGUCGGCCAGUGGACAAAGGACGACACAAACCCACACCAUCAGGCUCCGUAAGAAGGAUAGGUAUCAUCUGCUCACUGGACUAGUCUCUGACCGGCAAUAUGAGGUGAGGGUUUGGGCAUUCAAUAAGCAGAUAGAUGGAGCAGCUGCAGUGUGGAAGGGAAGAACAGAGAAGGGCCAAGAAAAAGCAUCAUCACCCCCAGUGCACUUCCCUCCACCCUUGCCACCGAGCAGCAUUCAAGCCAAAGCCAACAGUUCCACUUCCAUUUGGCUGCGCUGGGAGAAACCGCGGUUCAGCAACACGCGCAUCAUCAACUACACAGUGCGCUGCAGCCCAGCAGGAACCACCAACGCCUCCCUGGUCUCCUAUCACACCAGUCCUGCUCAGGAGAUACUGCUCAGGGCGUUGAAGCCGUUCACCCGUUAUGAGUUGGCGGUGCAGUCUAAUGGAGUGGAUGUGGUGGGACCAUUCAGUGGCACUGUGGAGGAGUCGACUAUGUCUGACCGGCCCUCCUCACCUCCAGAGGAGCUGCAGCUGAGCGCUCUUGACUCCUCCUCUGUACUGGUGAGCUGGCGCCCCCCCCUGGAGCCUAAUGGUAUCAUUACCAGCUACAUGAUCUUGUACAGUGGCAAUCUCAGCCAGCCGGAGCAUAUAUGGAAAAAUCUCUCUCAGGAUGGGAGCAUUACAAGUGUUGAGAUCCAGGGUCUGUCCAGUGGCACCCGUUACUUUUUUAAGUUGGGAGCAUCUACAGAGGUGGGGUCAGGACCUUACUCACCUGUAAAGGAUGUUCACACUCCCCUUCCGAAAUACGAGCUGGACAUCCACACAGUGAUAGGCAUCAUAGUCGGCGUAUGUCUGGGACUGAUAUGCAUCCUCCUCUGCAUGUGCUUCAGCUUUCGUAAUGGCAAACCCAGGGAGAUCUCUGGGGGCUUUGAAUCCACAGCUGUGACCCCUCAGUACAGGAGAGGCGGCUGCUCCAUACCCUCCAACUUGCCAGAGUGCAGCGAUAGCCACGAGCUGGAAACCCUGAUGCCCCCCGGCAGCCAAGAGUCUGGUCAGCUGUUAGCAGAGGCCCCAGAGGAACAGAGCCUGAUGGCAAGUGCUAAUCCAGGGGAAGGGGAGGAUGCCUUCGCACCUGAGACCAAGGUGGCUUGGAACGGCUCUGUGAGUCAUAAUUGGGCCAAUAGAAUCACUAGAUACAGAGACACCAUAACAGAAGAUUGUCCAAUACUCAUUAAUGGAACUGUCAACAUGCUUAUUACUGAUAACAACACGGGCUUGGAAGGUCAUCUGUGUACAUCUCCGUGCAGUAACCAGGUCGAGGCAGAAGUCAUAGUUCACUCGGAGCUGUCAGAUCCCGGGAGGGAGAAACAAGAGGAGAGCGACGAGAGGGAGAGGGAUUCUACCACUACCGGGGGAGCCUUGUUAUCAGAGGACACAUAUUCCCCUUUGAGCCAGCCAAGUCUGCCAGGAGAGAAGAAACCUCUAGAAAAACUGUUGCUGGCCCAAAGACCCUCAAGUUUAUCGGGUAUCAAGUUGGUGGAAAAUGGGGAGCAAGAAGGCUUGAGAGACCAGUCGAUUGUAAAGAAGGAACCACAUCGGGACACGGGGCUUACCAAUGGCUUCCACUCCCCUAAGACUGUGAGGUCUGUGCUGAGGUCAGAGCAUCUGGAGAACGGGGACUCUAGACACUGCUCCUCUGCACCAGUGAAGGCCAUCUCUGUUGGACUGUCCCCUGCCCCCUUUGUCAGCUCCGGCCUUGUACACUCUACCUCAGCAGCGCACAGUUAUCUGUGCCCGUAGCUCUUAGGUGCAGGGCAUCAGCCCUUACACAAACAUUGAAACAGCUUCUUUUAAAAUUACAAAUUCACCCAGCAACAGGAUUCUUCAAGGAUUAUCUUUAUUGGAAUUAUUUCUCUCCCUUGCAAAGUUUUUAUAAAUUCUUUGAUUCCCACAACUUGUGUACAUACAGUAUACACAUACAGAAUAUUUUUUAGUGGUAGAGUCCUGUAAAUAUGCUUUCUCUAGCAUCACCACCACGCUUUUGUCUGGGUUGCUUCUCUGUCCAUAAGAGAGAAAAGAUGUAAUUAACUGGAUGGAAGUGGACGGAAGGAGGGUAUUCCCACUACUGUGUCUCCUUUCCACUCAGAAAUGAGAGAAAGCAAGGAACACUCCCUGAGUUAGUGAGUGAGUCAGUGAGUGAGCACUUGGUCAGGCUUUAAACAAGGAUGAGAGAAGUGGAAACUCAGCAGGUCUCCCUGGGCUUUUGUCACGUGGAUGCCGCUUUACAGUGGCACUGUGGAAUAAGCCUUCACGAGUACCUGCACACUCUGAGAGUGCAGAGCACCUGUGUCUCUCCUCAACCUCCUGUCGUCUCAGGGUCCACGCACAGACACACAAAUACACACAAUGACACACAGGAAACAAAUCCUGAUUACACAGGAUCUCACAGAGUCCAAUGGGUCACACAUUUAUACACAUGUCUCCUAAAUUGAAGUGUGGGGGUCUCAGGUGCCUACGUAUUCUUAGUGCGUUUAAAGAGUCUGUAUAUUUCUAUAGAUUAUUGUAUUCAGAACAAGUAAAAAAAAGAAAAUGUCAACGUGUUAGAGUAAAGUAAAAGAAAAAUGUUGAGUAUACAGAUUCGGUACACAUGAAGUAUUCCUUUCCAAAACUGUACAUAUCCAGGUGGUGUGACUUUGUAAACCAGGGACCCUCAGUUAAAAAGUGAAGUGGCAUUUUUAUGUUUUAAAGAUGGUGGACCUCUCAUAUUGGAAUCAGUAUUGACAUGUUUUUGUUAAUACUAGUGUAAUUAUGUAGGUGGGAGAACUAGAGAUGUUAAAUAUACACCUCUGUCUGGUUUUGGCUCCCAGUGAAGGAUACACCUGAUGUCCAUCGUGGCAACAACAUCGUGGGCCAUUUUUUGGAGCCGACUUCGUACGUUUCCAGCUUGAUGUAAUAGUUCAAUGUGAAGUGCUUGCCAUGAUUUUUUCAGGGGAAAUAAUACAAGUUUUUUGUCCAUUUUCAGUGGAAAUUUAAUUUCCUUCUACUCGUCUGAUUGAUCUGGAGGGGACAUUUUCCACCAUAGUCUAAUCCGACAUAAUACAAAGUAAUUUUAUGUGGAAUUUUUUUACUCUCACCAUUUUCAUACCGCGGUGGUAUUCCUUAUGUAAUCAGGUUGCUUUUCCUAAUUAACCAAUAUAUGAAGAUGCAUUGCUAUGAUGUGUAUUGUAAAAGGGUAACUGGUGCAUCCCCAAUCCUUAUCAACAGCACUACCUCAUUUCUUUUCAGGAUGCUUUCCGGUGUGUGUGUGUGUGUGUGUGUGUGUGUUUAUGUGUUUAUUUUUUUAGUCUUAUCUUACUAGCACCUUUUAAAUUAAUUUGUCUGAUUUGACAACUUCUGUCCGUUGCAGAAAUAAUUGUCCUACACUGCCUGUAUGUUUUUAUGUUUUGUACAACAGAAAAUCGUGUCACAUUUAUGCAUUGCAGCCUCUUGUCAGAUGCUUAAAGGUUGCUUCAAUAAUCCCCUAAACAGGUCCAUCCAGUCACACUGACACCAAAUAUAGACAAGGAAAUGAAUGGCUCCUUUAAUUUGCCACUUGUGCCACUUGUAUGGCUUGUGGAUUUAUGGGUGAUCCAUGGAAUAAACAGUAUAUAAAGUUCAAAAUAAAAACAAGUGCUCACAUGAAAAGGAAAAUGGAAACAUUAAAAAAAAAAGAAUCUGGUCACACGAUCAUUUUAAACCCUUUACUUGAUGGCAAACUCAUCUAAUUUCACUUUCAGUACUCACUCUUCGUGUACGUUGGCACAUACCUUGUACCACUGAGUUGUCUUCUCAGUCCUGCGCUUUCACAGAGAAUACAAAAUGGAGGAACUGAUUAUAGCUUAGCAGUUUUGCCCUACCAACCGGCUGACAGCUUUACAAAAUUGCACUUGGUUUUAAUGCUUCUUAGACUUUAGCAAGAAGAAAAUAAAUUGAAAUGGUUGGCUGCGUAUUAGAACUUUGAGCCAAUCCUUUUGUAACCUAACUUUACCGAUUCCCCGCUAGGGUUUGGAGAUCACAUCCAAUAAUCCUAGCUGCAGUAUGCACCACUUUGUCCAGCUGUCUUCUCUCUUCGGCGGCAACAGUCUGUCAUGAAAUAGUAUGCAGGCACAAUGAAACUGCCUGAGUCAUUACUUGAACUGUCAGCUCCAUAUUCAAAGUAAUAAGGCUGAAUAUAUAAUAUGGACAGAUAGCUGCUGAGAGUCAGCUGUCACUGUGGCUGGAUACACUUAUACAAUCAUGUGGAUGAAAGAUGCAAAUUCCGAGAAUUUCGAAUGGUCUGUAUUUGAUCGGUUUCUCAAGACCAGAAUAAUCCGUUAUAGACUUUAUCAUACCAGGUAAACAAUGCCCAUGGGAUCUGGACCAAAAGGCCUGUUCUUCUCCAUUCUUUCCAUUUUCUAGGUUUAAAGAUCAUCAUUUUUGUAUACAUCUGAAUAAAUCAAUUUUUCAAUAUUUGAUUGAACAUCAAGCACAUUCUAAAUGAAUAUUCAAACAAAGAAAUGAAACAGCAGGAGAAAAAUACUGCCAGCCAUUAUCUAAAAUCUCCAAUUGGCCAUGUAAGUAUAGUCACUAUUUAUCUGCCUAAUUCAUGUCAACAAACUUAAUAUCAUCUCCCUCAGGUGGCACAUGUGUUCAAAUUACAGUGGCUUCAAAAAAAGUAUUGUUGUGACAACUGAUUUGUCUUGACAUAGGUAAAGUAUAUUAUAUUAUAAAGUCUCAACGCCAUCAUUUAAUUUCCCUUGUGGUGGAAAGAAAAAGGCGAGCGUUAGUAUUGAUGAGUGUGAACAUGUGAUGGAGAUCUGCCUUAUGGCAUACAUCACUAAAUCUGCAAACUUGUUACAAUAACCACAAGAACAUCCUUUUAAAAACCACCAUCCAAGCGGAGAAUUUAGCCCAGCCCUGCUGUGCUUGAUGUCUCGACUCCUCUCAGGUGGUUUAACUCUGGUCUUUCAUCAGUGAAAAGGGCAGAACAAAUCUGCUCUCUCCUGUCCUGCCUAUGUUUCUACUCAUGUCCAUAGAACUGUAAAAAUCUCGCUCGCUUAUAACUCAACUGCAUCAGCAACUGAACUGUACCCGGUUCCUUGACACAUGUAUGAAACAUAUUCAUAUUGUGUGUGCUCUGGAUCUUUUAUUGCUCUUGAAUUUCUUAAUGAAAACGCAUGGUUAGUGGUCUUGUUUUUUUAGGCUCUGCCAUGUACAGUAUAUACAGUCAACAUCAUGCUUUUCUUUUAAUGCAGUAGCAAUUAUAGGGACAGAAGUGAAUGUGCUGUUACCUGGGUCCAACAUUAAUUGUAAGGUCAUUGUAGGGAGAAUCCUGAACUGUCACACUUAUAUUAUAUAAAGUUAGUUAAAAUACGUUCUUAUUGGACGAUUCAAAAAACACUGUGCUGUGUUGAAUACAGCAUGCUCGUGUGGGAGGCAAAAAUACUCCUACGCCACUCAAGUCACCAAUCUAAAGUGACAGGCAUGUUUCAUUCAUUUCAUCCAACAUCAUUGAUUGAAAUGAUGUGAUUUCCAUCACUGUCAAGUGAGACACCUGUUGUGACAUCAUUGAUUGUGGCUACUGUUUAACUGUAUAGGGAGCAGCACAGCUUUCUGCCUUGUGGUUUGAUAAUGUAACCACCAAACUUUGUUUUUCGACCCAGGUUCUGUAUUGUUAUAGAAAAGUGUUUGCCGUCGUCUGGAUCGCCUGAGUCCAGAAAGAGGCAUUCUAUUCUCUAGUCUGAAGCAUUCCAGUUUAAUAUCUUGAACAUACCUCUCUCAGUCAGCUCAAACUCAGGCCGCGUUCUCCCUGCUCUGACAGGCGUCAUCCCCACACAUUCAGUUUAGAUGCUACAUUUACUCGUAGAGAAGCCGAUACCUGAACCCGAGCCGCAGUGUUUGCCAAACUGCUUGGACUAUGGACAAGUAAAUAGCGAUCAGUAAAGUAUCAGUGAAGACCGGUGUUUUGAGUCAUAGGUUUGAAACUGUCUCAUGCCCAUAUAAAUCGGACUUUUUUUCUCAUUAAAUACAAAAAACCAACAUAACAGCUGUUCGCCCUUCCAGCUUUUGUGUAAAAGCCUCUGUUGUCACUGCAAACAGACCACAGGCAUUUGGCAGUCAAGUAGACCAACACAAAGUAUAUAUUAUUUUGUUCCUCUGCCCACUGAAGGGCCCAGAUUUGUUCUAAAUGGACAUUAACACAUUUGGAAUCAGUUGAUGUGUGCCAGUGGGAUGCAGUUUCAGGUGACAAACAGACACUACUACAUCUGUGAUGUAGUUUUUAUUUGUUAGUUUGUUUUUUACUUUAGCGGUUAUAAUUUUCUCUUAGUAGCAUACAACAUUUAAAGUUAGCAGUUUGAAUCAGGGGUUUGUGCUUUGCCUGUUCUUGAAGUCUUGAUGCAAUAGUGGGAUAUUAUGGCAUGUGGAGCUGGAAUGGGAGAUACUGCCUGGAUAUACUGUAGUUUAGCAUAUGAGGAUGAAACUUCUCCUUACAGGAACUUGUUUUUCUCCUUUAACCACAGGUUAAUGUAACAUUUUCCCCUUUUGGUUUGUUUUUGUUAGUCAUGCAUAAUCUCAUUUCAAAUAGUAGACCAGUGCUUCAGUAAUUAUGCUACAUCCUCUUUUGUGGUGGAUUCAUUAAAACACUAUACAGAUAUGUACUUGUAAUUAGCCUGCUGUUUAGUUUAGCCAAGUCAUUUCCAAAAUACAGUGCAGACUUCUUUUUCUUUUUUUACCUCAGUUUUUACUCUUUAUAGUCUGGAUGGUUUCUUUUAAGCGAAGCAGGGUUUAAAAAAAAAAAAGAAAAAAAAGAAAAACAUGAAUAAACAAGAGGAUGGGGUCAGUGAAAUUAAUAAAAACUGACUUUUAUUGUGCUAUUUUGCAAUAGUGCAGUACAAAUCAGAUAAAAUAAAGAAAGUGUUGGGAAGAAUAGCCUAAAAGUCAGUCUUUGGUACAAAACCACUUCCAUACGUGCAAGUAAGUAUUAAGCAGGGAGAAGGGCUGUAGCAAAAUCCUUCCCAGACAGGUCUUACCUCUCAGUGCAGACAGUCAUUUAGAAAUAAUUGUCACAUCUCUACUCAGGUCCCACAUCUUUGCAUACAUUUGUGGAGGAUCGUGCCAGCAUAUCUUUCUCAGAUACAUGUCAUUUGUUGUCAAACAUUAUAUCCUAAUUGUGUCCUUUUGUAAAGUAAAUCAAGGAAACCCUGAUGCACAGGUGAUUUUUUUGUUCUGUUUUGUACAAAUCACAGAUGUAUGUAUGUACUGUAUCACUCAAUCUUACUUGCUCUUCUCUGUACAUUCUGGUGCUUUGUGGUGAGCUGCUUUGUCCGGUGAUGUCACACUGUUGUGCAUUUUUCUGUACGUCUCUUUCUCUAGUUUUGUGUGCACCAGCUCAGUCGUGCUCAGAAUGUGUAAGCACAGGCUCACACUCAUAUGUGCCACCAGCGAUGUGGUCUGCAACUACUCAGAUACCUAUGUAAUCAAUGUGUGCCAAACAACACCUCAUUCAUGUCAGACACUACUGUAGGAGCAACUCAUAGGAGCAAGUGACUCUGUGGGCCAUGAUCAACUUUGGACUGUCAUCUUUACAUUCAGAGAAGUGCCAUUUUCUUUCUCUUCACAGGAUAGGUAGUACUUGCGGUUUGUAGAAGUAUUUCAUCAGUUUUGCCGUAUGUGAACAUGUCAAAACUCACAGCAACUUUCAGAACGUCUGUGGAAACUACACUUCUGUAAAUAAACAUCAAAGAAAAGUAAA